AUUUCACAUCAAUAUUACGCAUGUUUUGACAUUCCAAUCACAGACAAGACUCCAAGCUCGUGAAAGAGAAUGGCGGUCUGGGUUACCUCUGCUGGAUGUCACAUACCUGAGGGGGCCAUCAGAGCGGGAUACGAGGCAGACGGCAGGCCACUUUUUAUUGCCAGGGCAAAUAUUCACGGAAUAUUGACGCCAGGAAAAUGUGGAUUCCAUCUUCCUGGAGCCUACAUUCCGUAUGGCUGUGUAGAGAAGGUUAUGAAACAGUAUGAAGUCCUGGUUCACCCGACUAACGCGACAGGUUUCUUCGAUUGGAUGCGUGCGUCGAACGGAAAGGUACCCGAUGGCGCCUACCAGACGGACAAAGACACGUACGUCGGCCGGGCCCACUUCUCGGGAAGCCUGGUUCCGUGUAAAAUUGCCACAGCCCUCCCUCACAAGUGUGCCUAUGUUGGUCACCACGGAAAGGAGCACAACUUAAAGGAUUACGAAGUUCUGUGCAAAAUCAGAUAACUCCAUGAUCAUACUUUGUCUAACCGGAAACUCCAUGCAGUGUGAUAUUUCAAAUAAUGCAUGUCUAGAUUUCUUUCAGCCCAUGUAUAAAAUUUAAAACCGUAACUAUGCAGUAUAUAAUUAUUUUCUAAGUCAAAAUGUUUGAAUCCAUGCAUUGGAAACAACGGCCAGCUGUAUCUUCUGAUUAUAGAUUCUGAAAUGUCCAAGAAUCAACCAAUUUAUUUACAUAUACAUAUACGCGUGUUAAUGAAAUCGGAUUCUACUUGACAAUCAAAGGUCUGAAGGGUCAUAAUAGCUUCCGGGUUUGAUAUGGUUGAAAGGUAUUAGGGAAGACAUUGCUGCACGUUAAACGCCAGUUUUGAUGUUUGGGAAUUCUUUACUGUAUAUUUCUACAUAAAUACGCGAGGAUUUUAUUAUCGCGUAAUUACAUGAGAGGCGCCACUUGCAAAAUAUAAAUACUUGCUUUUUGUUUUCGAAAAUACAGGUAAUAAGUCUUGAUUAACAGACGACACGCGAAUUAUUGUUCACGCGAUUUGAACGAUAAUCAUUAAUAAAAUUUAAACUAAGUUUUAUCAAAAUAAAGAUGUUGGUUCUAUUGAAUAGAUAGAGCAUUACACAUGUACAGAAAUAAAUUUCUGUACGUGAAAACAAUUAUAAUGUAAUUUUGCUUCAUUUAGCGCCUUUAAAUAGAUUUUCUAACACACGUAUCUCUAACAAAAGUUUAUAUACCAUUUUUUGUCAUUGAAAUUGUAAAUCAAUUUUUACAACAAAAAUAUUUGACACCAAUAUGACAUCUGAUAUUGUUUUAACGGCAAUACACAUAACCCCAAGUCACACGUGCACCACUAACCGUGUACACCUUUCAAUUCAUAUCAGACCAAUGUUACAUGCUACAUGUACCUGUAGAAAACUUGUCUAUUUCAAAGCACUACACCAGUAAUUACCUGUCAUUUCUAACCCUAGAAUUUUAGCAAGGAGCAGUACGUACAAGUGCAGUUUAUCGUUUCAAAAUAUGCAUUGUUUUAACCUUGAAAUUAUAUAGGAUUGUAGAAUAGUUUGUACCACAAUGUAAAAUGUCUGAAUGCGAAAACACAUUUUCUCUCUUCUUAUUUUAUGUCCAUCAGAUAAAAUAUUCGAAAUCAUCUUUCACCAAAAUUCAUAGCAACUACAUGUAUCAACAAAAUAAUGGUUAUACAAAUCUUUCUCAAUCAUUUGAUGGCAUAGUACCGUCCUAUACCUGUAGUCACGUGUGUUAAUUAUACAUUGCACAUUGCAAUAUGAAGAUUUUGUUUAUAACUAUGUUCUAUCAAUCAUGCUCUUUCACUUUUGAUUAUUUUGUUUUUUCUUUAACAUGCUAAAGCUGCCUUCAAUGUGUCCUUGAUUGAAAAUAAACCCUCCUAUCAUA